AGGAAGCGCAGGGCGGAGCAGGAGAGGCUGGCUGAGGUGGCUAAGAAGCAGGCCUUGGAGAAGGAGAUGGCGGCGAAAAAGGCUAUGGAUCAGCCUCUUAAACCUCCAGGCCCUGAGGUCACCAAGCCACCUAACACCGGUCCCGUUACUACUUCCAAGGCUUCUAGCCGCUUCUCCUCAAGUGGCGCGAGCUCUGGUGGAGCUGGGGGUUAUAACCCCAAUGUGGUAGGGGCGAAAGAUACCGUUGGAGAUAUCUACUACAAGACAUAUACUGAAGAAGAGCGCGGUGAUGCCCUCCAUCAUGCCCCCUGGAGCUUAAAACAGAAGGAUACAUUUGCUGAGUUUAGCGCUUCGCGUGAAUGGUUUUUGAAUUCCUUCCCCCCUGGUGAGGUCAAUCGGCAAAGGGCAAAAACCCAUGAGAUGUUAUAUCGUACUUAUAUUCUUGGGGAGGCCAAUGCCCGCUCUGCCAACCAUCAGAUCGUUCGCGAAUGGCGGACGAUGGUCAGAGAACGUGCCGAUUGGGAGGGUUACCGCGAGCGUACUCUGAAGCGAAUUGCGGAGUUUGAGAAGUCGAAAGCUGCGCUCGACGAAGAAAGAGCCAAGUUUGAGGCUGACAAGAAGGCAGAGGAGUGGGGCCGCGAGGGGCUGCAGAAAAAACUCCACAAUGCUGAGGAGCAACUGGCCAAGGAGAAGGCCGAGUUCAAGCGUAUAUGCGCCCAAGACAACGAGCGUACUUAUGCUCUACGACAGAAGAUCGUUGGUCUUGAGGCUACAGUUGCGGACUUGACCUCAAAGGUGGAGGAAGCGCAGGGUGAAAAAACUGCCAAGCAGCAGAUGGAGGUUGAGCUGACUGAAGCCAAGGUGCAAUUGUCUAACAAGGACAAGGAUCUCCAUGCCAAGGACGUUGAGAUAGCGGAACUCAAGCGUCGCUUGAAUGAGCAAAUCGACAGAUGCGAGUCUUUGGAGAUUGACCUUGAGGCUGAGAAGGUCAAGGCUGCUGAUGCUGAGGAGGCGCGUGCUGUGAGCACUGCCGCGCUGAAUGUGGCUCAAACCAACUACUCUGAGGCUCAAGGUAUCGUCGAUACACUUGUCUCAGAAGCGGAGUGGAUGCGCACUCGUGGAGUAGUGAUGGUUGCCAACUCCAUCUUGAAUGCGAACGAGCUAGAUCGCGCUGUGGCGGCUCUGACAGAUGCGGCGCGUGCGGUGGGUCACCGAGGAGGUUACCUGGAGUGUGCUGAUCAUGUUGAGCAAAUGCUUGGGCAAGAAUUUGACACAAGCCACUGCUCAGUAACAGAUCGUGCCGAUGCUGCGCUGGCAAGUGCUGAAAAUUCCUAUGACAACCUCUCCUUGCCUAUCAUGGAGUUGGUUGUCGAAUCGUUAAAGAAAGACGACUGGUGCCAGCGUCUUAAGGCAAUCCUCGAUCCACCGGUCACCGUCGAGUUGUCCGACGAAGAGCCAGCUGGUGAUGAUGGCGGUGAUGGUGAUGAUGAUGGCAACGAUGAUGAUGGUGAAGAUGACGGAGAUGAUGGUGAUGAUCGUCGCGAAGAGUAG